GACUGACCUGUCAAUCACCCACCCAAAAUGUACAAACUGUAUGAGGAGUGCAAGUGGAAAAAACCCAAACAACACAAGCUGAGGAAAUUUGACACUUCCUGACGUUUGCAAACAAGUGAGCCAAUUGAAUCGUAUGAAAGAACACUGAGCAAGAAUUUCCUGUUGCGCCCGACUCAACGAUCCUCACUCACUCACUCACUCACUCGUCUGACUUUCGAGCUGUGAUCCCCUGCUCUCGGAUCCACUCACACAUCUGCAAACAUGGCAACCAGAUGGGGAAUCUGCAGCGCCGGCAAGAUCAGUCAUGACUUCAUGGUGGCCAUGAAAACGCUUCCAGCUGAAGACCACCAGGCUGUGGCGGUGGCUGCCCGCAGUUUAGAGGAUGCAAAAAAGUUUGGCAAAACGCACAACAUCCCUCGAACGUACGGCAGCUACGAGGAGCUGGCCAAAGAUCCCAACAUCGAUGUGGUGUAUAUCGGCACUAUCCAGACCAACCACCUGAGCUCCUGCUUGCUUUUCCUUAAUGCCAAGAAGCCUGUCCUGUGUGAGAAAUCCCUGGGCAUGACCACCAAGGAGGUCAAGGAGAUCCUGGCCUGUGCCAAGAAAAACAACGUCUUUUUCAUGGAGGCCAUUUGGGCCCGUUUUUUCCCGGCCUACCGAGAGCUCCGGAGGCUGAUCGCCCAGGGAGAGAUCGGUGACGUGAGGAUGGUCCGGUCCGAGUUUGGCCUGUCCGUGCUGCCUUUGCCGAGAUUGGAGCUCAAGGAACUUGGUGGGGGAGCGCUGCUGGAUAUCGGCAUCUACCCGCUGCAGUUCUCCAUCAUGGUGUACGGCGGAGAGAGGCCAGAGAGCAUCAAAACCGAGGGAGUCAUCCUGGAUACUGGUGUGGACGAGACCUUGGUGGUGACGCUCAAGUUCUCCAAAAACAGGAUGGCCGUGUUCACCAGCUCCUCGGGCUUGCAGCUCUCCAAUGAUGCCAUUGUGGUUGGCACCAAGGGGCUAAUCCGGUACCCAUCACACAUGUGGUGUCCUGAAGUCAUGGUGGUGAAUGGGAAGGAGAAGAAGUACCCUCUCCCGGAGCCUCACUUGCCCCUCAACUUUGUCCAUAGCACGGGGUUGCGCUACGAGGCGGAGGAGGUCCGACAGUGUUUGCUCAAAGGAAUGAAGGAGUGCCCAAUCAUGUCUCACGCAGAUUCGCUGCUGCUGGCUGAAGUCAAAGAAGAAAUUCUUAAACAAGUUGGAGUGGUGUAUGACUGAAUUUUCUUUUUUGUUGUUGUUGACAGCCUUAUUUCGGAGUGUAAGUGUCUAACUUACAAUCAAAUUCACCCUUUUAAAGAUUUUUUUUGGGGGGGGGGCAAGUUGAGAAAAGUCUUCCGAAAAUAAAGCAAAUGCAAAAAUAGA